CCAGCGGCUCUGCCCCGCUCAUCAUGCUGGAGCGCUACCAGGACGGGGGGAUCCAGGUGGCCUGCCGCUCGGCCGGCUGGUACCCGCAGCCCCAGGUGCUGUGGCAAGAUCCCCGCGGGCGGCAUCUCCCAUCCCUCUUGGAAAGCGUUACCCAGGACGAGAGCGGCCUCUUUGCAGUGGAAAGCAGCAUAAUCCUCACCAGGGGCGCAAACCAGAAACUCUUCUGCUCGGUCCGACAUGCCCUGCACAGCCAAGAGCAGCGAUCGGCAUUUUACGUAUCAGAUCCCUUUUUCCAAAACGCCCAUCCUUGGAUGACCGCCCUGGGCGUGGUCCUGGUUGCUGUGGUCGCUCUCCUUGUUAUCGCUGUUUAUCUCUUUAAACUGAAAGGAAAGCAUGAGAAAAAAAUAGAGAAGCAAGCUGAAGAACUUGCAUGGAGAAGAUAUGCUGUGCCUAUAGAAGAAGUGAAGGUGGUUCUGGAUCCAGACACAGCCCACUGCGACCUUGUCCUGUCUGAUGACUGCAAAAGCGUGAAACGCGAAGACACGCGGCAGGACAUCCCCGACAUCCCCGAGAGAUUUAACCCGUGGCGCUGCGUUCUGGGCUGUGAAGGCUUCACCUCGGGGAGACGCUACUGGGAGGUGGAGGCGGUGGAUGGAGGAGGAUGGACUGUGGGAGUCUCUAGAGAAGACGUGAAAAGGAAGGGCGAGAUUGAGUUUAAACCGGAGGAGGGCAUCUGGGCAGUGGGGCAGUGGGCAGGGCACUUCCAAGCUCUCACGUCCCCUAAUCGCACUCUCCUUCCUGAAAUCCAGACUCCCAAGCGGAUCCGGGUCUCUCUGGAUUAUGAAGAGGGACGGGUGGCAUUUUUCAGUGUUGAUGAGGAGAUUCCCAUCUUCACAUUUCCACUGGUAUCAUUUGAGGGGAAAAGAGUUCACCCUUGGGUCUGGCUGGGUCCUGGGACGUGGCUCAAAAUGUGGCCCUGA